AUGCUGGAUACUAUUUUCCGGAUUUCUGCUCUGCGGAAGGAGCCAAGGUACCUGCUACUUGCCAGUCUCCUUAUCAGCGAUCUGCUCUACUUGCUCUUGCUGAUUACCACCACAGUGAUGUGGGCAGCAGUUAUCAGAAUACCCAUCCUGCUGUGCCUCAUCAAUUACCUGCUGGUUUUUUCCAGCUUCAUUAGUGGGUUCUUCACCAUCACGGCUAUGGCUGUGGACAAAUACAUUGCAAUCUGCUGGCCUCUACACUACCGCGCUCUCUGCACGGCCAGUAAAACUCAGAAGAUCAUUGCCCUCCUAUGGCUCUUAGCCGCGGUGCACCCCCUGAUAUGUUUGCUGAUACUUCUGUGGGCUGGGACACCCACACUGGUCACGGAAUCCUUUCGCUGCAUCUUUCCUCCAGUCGAAGAAGGGAUUCUAGAAACUUCCUUUGCUUUAUUUCAAGCCCAGCAGGCUGUCCUCGCUCUCACUUUCCUGGCCAGCACGGUGACCAUCGUGUUCUCUUACAGCAUGAUAUACAGGGAAGCUCGGCAAACGUCCCCCAAAGUGCGUGCCCGCAAAACCGUGCUCCUCCACGGCCUUCAGCUUUUCCUUUAUUUCAUCCCCGUCGCCAACUACAUCGUUUACUCCAACUUGGUCAAAAGCACAUCCAUCGAAGUGCAAGUCACGGCCCAGUUACAUUUGAUUAACAUCUCUCUUUUCUCAGUCUUGCCCCGGUGCCUGUGCCCCCUAGUUUUCGGGCUGAGAGCCAGUGAGUUGUACCGUCACGUGAAGAGGCGCCUUUUCAUCCAGAAUCAGGUAGCACCUCUGUUAGACUCAACAUAA